UCCGGGGCAGCGGGAAGAGCUUCCCGGGCGCGGGAGCGGCUGGCGCGGCAGCCAUGACCACCCUCCGCGCCUUCACCUGCGACGACCUUUUCCGCUUCAACAACAUCAACCUGGACCCGCUGACCGAGACCUACGGGAUUCCCUUCUACCUGCAGUACCUGGCGCACUGGCCCGAGUACUUCAUCGUGGCCGAGGCGCCCGGCGGGGAGCUGAUGGGCUACAUCAUGGGGAAGGCCGAGGGCUCGGUGGCUCGCGAGGAGUGGCACGGACACGUUACUGCUCUCUCUGUUGCACCAGAAUUCCGUCGGCUGGGGUUGGCUGCUAAAUUGAUGGAGCUCCUGGAGGAAAUUUCAGAAAAGAAGGGUGGAUUCUUUGUCGAUCUCUUUGUGAGGGUGUCGAAUCAGGUUGCAGUGAACAUGUACAAGCAACUUGGCUACAGUGUCUACCGCACGGUGCUGGAGUACUACUCUGCGAGCAGCGGGGAGCCAGAUGAGGAUGCUUAUGAUAUGAGGAAAGCUCUUUCCAGAGAUACGGAGAAGAAAUCCAUUAUACCUCUGCCUCAUCCUGUGAGGCCAGAGGACAUCGAGUAACUAUAAUCUGGGAGCUUCCAGCAGCUUCUCAUAGGAGCCACCCCUGGGGCCAGUUGCCCACUACCAGUACCCCACCACACUGACCCAACACAGACUAUUAAAAUGGAAUUACCUCCUUUA